AUGAUGGAACACGCUGGACUGGGAAAGAGCUACUGGGGUGAAGCAGUGAUGACGGCGAUGUUUCUUCGAAACCGCUGUCCAACACGUGCCAUUCACCAAGACAAGUCUCCAUAUCAAGUGUGGACGAUGAAGAAACCGAUUCUGGCCAACCUUAAAGUGUUUGGAUGCCACGCGUAUGUUCAAGUGCCUCAAGACAAACGCGCGAAGUUCGACUCCAAGUCAUCACUCUGUCGUUUCCUGGGAUACGCCGAACACCAGAAGUCAUAUCGAUUUGAGGAAGUGUCAACAGGAGCGAUCAAGAUCAGUCGCGAUGCCACAUUCAUGGAAGACAAGUUUGAUGAAGGUCCGCGCAACUACAACGAUGAGUCAAGUGUCGUUGAGUUUGAUGAUCAUGAUGAGGACGAAGAAAAAGAAGAAGGUAAAACUGACGACGACAUGGACUCGAGCGACGAUGACAACGAAGACACCAGGUCUUCGAAGAGCAACAUCAAGAGACACACGCGCACUCAAUCACUUGAGAAAGCUACCGUCAUUCCAAGUCCCAAGCGAAGAACAUACAGAGGUCCGUCGCUUGAGCAUGUGUCAGCGGCUGCAAUGGAUUUUGAAGCAGCCUACAUCGUUGAUUCAGUGGGGGAAACGCCGACUACAUUCAAGUCGGCGAUGGAAUCAAGCGACUCCGGCAAGUGGAAAGAAGCGUGUGACUCGGAGUUCGAUUCGCUUCAGAGAAACGACACGUGGGAAAUCGUGCCUCUUCCGAAAGGUCGCAAGGCCAUCGGGUGCCGAUGGGUUUUUCGUGUAAAGGAGAAUCAAGAUGGCGAAGUUGAGCGUUUCAAGGCAAGACUUGUGGCCAAAGGAUUCUCACAGAAAUUCGGAGUUGACUAUGAAGAAACUUUCGCACCGGUGGCCAAGUUCACAUCGAUUCGUGUGAACAUCUACAUGGACCAGCCGGACGGAUACCUGGAUGCAACACAGCCGGACUAUGUGUGCAAGCUAAAGAGAUCACUCUACGGCUUGAAGCAAUCGCCUCGCAUGUGGAACCAAACAAUCGAUGGGUUCAUGAUCAAGAUGGGAUUCAAGAAGUGCGAAUCGGACCACUGCAUCUACAUCAAGCGAGACGACCAAGACAUGAUUCUCGUGGUGCUCUACGUCGAUGAUCUCAUCCUGGCCAGCAGCAACAACGAACUCCUCAAGUCAACCAAGAUGGCGCUGAGCAAACGCUUCGAAAUGACGGAUCUCGGUGAGCUCGAUUACUUUCUCGGCAUGGAGAUCAAGAACGACCGUAAGACGGGAAUGGUGACUGUACAACAAACCAAGUUUCUCAAGUCCGUGUUAACCAAGUUCGGAAUGGAUAACAGCAAGCCAGUGAAGACGCCUCAAGAUCCCGGCCUGAAGCUAACCAAGAACAUGUGUGAACAAGAAUGCAAGCACGAAGACACCAUGUGCAACGUGCCAUAUCGAAGUGCUGUCGGAGGCAUCAUGUAUCUCAUGGUCGCCACACGUCCGGAUCUAGCUGCUGCAGUGGGAUCAUUAUCCCAGUUCUCGUCCGACCCAUGCCCGACUCACUGGCAAGCUUUGAAGCGUGUGCUGAGAUACCUGCAAGCAACGCCCAAUCAUGGUCUUGAGUUUACACGUGAAGAAGGAAGCCGUAUCUGCGGGUACACCGACGCAGACUGGGCCGGCGACAUUGAGUCAAGACGAAGUACAAGCGGCUAUGUGUUCAUGAUGAGCGGAGGAUGCAUCAGCUGGAAAAGCCAGAAACAACGGACGGUCGCGCUAUCUUCAACAGAAGCAGAAUACAUGGCGCUUUCCGAAGCAACCAAAGAAGCAGUAUGGCUCAAAGUGCUUUUGGGGGAACUUGGUGAGAUGACAAGCGACGAAGCGAUCAAGAUGUAUGAAGACAACCAAGGAUCAAUCGCUCUCGCCAAGAACCCGGAGUUCCAUAAGAGAACAAAACACAUCGACAUACGCUACCAUUUUGUGCGUGAGAAGGUGGAAUCAGGUGAAGUCGUUUUGGAGUAUUGCCCGACUCAAGAUAUGCUGGCAGACAUGAUGACCAAGCCGAUCGCCGCUGUACAAUUUGAAAACAUUCGCGAUCGACUUGGGAUCCAAGGUGCCGCAGCUAACGAGUCGAGAGGGAGUGUUGAAAAGACAGCGGCUGUGAAGAAGACACCUCGUCAAGCUGCGUCAAGUGUUGAAGCAAGUGGAAGACCAAGCUUCGCUAUACCGGUGGGUACCGGUAUGUACCAGUAA